AUGGCGUACGAGGGCGGUUAUCCGGCGCAACGGCCUUACCCUGGCCCCGGAGCGCAACGGCCAGGUCCACCUCUCGAAGCCUAUCAACAAGGCCCUCCCCAACACUACGAUGCGCCUCAGCAGCAAUACGACGGCUACCAGGACAACUAUGCCUAUGAUCAAUACGACAAUGGUGGUUAUGGCCAGAACUACGGCGGGCAGCACCAUCACGACCAGGGCUAUGAAGCGCCCCUCUCCCUCCUCGAGGCGGCCCUCCUGGCCCCGGCAGAGGCUUUGCAAAUGGUCCACCGGCAAGAGGUGGUAGGCCGAUGCACGAGUCGCCAGCGACCCUCGAUGGAUGCAGGUCCGAUCAGUCCUGACACGGUUGGAGGAUUCGGCGGCGCCUUUCCGGUUUUCCCUGGCCAUCAGCGCCGGGCAGAUUUUGAACAAGAGUCAGAUAUGAUUAGCCAAAUGGCCGGCAUGGACAUCGCAGGGCCGCGAAACGGGCCCCCUCCCGGAGGCGGUGGUGCCCAGCGUAAUCAGAUGCGAUCUCCUGAGGGCGAUUAUGGCCGGCCUCCCAUGGAUGCCAGAGGUCCUCCCCGAGGCUACCAACAAUAUGAGAACUCGCGUCGAGGCCCAGCUCCAGCACCCCAGUUCGGCGCCAAAUACCGAGACGACGCAUACGGGGCUCCUCCACCGGCCAACGAAUUCGGCCCGCCAGGUCGCAGUAUGACCAUGCCGACAAAUGUAGAUCCCAUGGCUCGGGGGCCUCUUCAACGUACGGGAACAAUGCCGUACAAUACAGCGCCCGACCGAGGGGUCCCACCACCAGCAAGGCCAGCGACAUCGCAAAGUCACCGGCCACCGCCUCAACGCAUGUACCCGCCGGUUCAAGAAGUCCCGCAGUCUGCGGGGGGCUACGGAGGCUACGACAACGGCGACCAGGGCUAUUACGGGGGCGAUCACCAAGAAGUAGUCGGUGAUGUUCUCGAUUCGUACUACACUCCCUCACGGAUGAGCAACCCGGAGUAUGCUCGAAACCCGCCAUCCGUCAACUCGGGAGCUCCCAGCUUUGAGGAGCCCGGUAGGGCCCGCGGGUCCUUCGACCAUCAGGGACACCCUGCAAUGCCGUCAGGACCACAACCCGGGCCAGGGCGCACACCGGAUCUCAGGGGCAUGAAGUCUCAACCAAAUCUGAGGCAACCCCAGGCGGCUGUGUUCGAGAUGGUAGGCGACGCGCCUCCCAUGCCUCCAAUCAACGGCGCACGGCAUGGCUCUCACCAGGAUUCAUAUGAUCAGAAUGGAUGGGAACACCAGUCGGGUGCGGGCGGGCCAGUGCCGGUGAGACCUGGUCUACCGAAUGGCCCCGCGCCCCAGCGAUCAGAUACCUUGCCUUACCAUCCCGCGCCAGUGCGUCCCGGGCACAUGGCAGGCUCUGCCAUGAACGUGAAUGACCGACCGAUGCCAGUGCGCAACUACAAUGGCACAUCGCAAAGCCCAAUGGCCGGCCCACAACAACAAGCUCCUCCCGAACCGCAACGCAAUUCUGGAACGCCCGCCUCCACCAAAGCAGCUCAACCACCCGUAACAAAUGAGGAGCUCGAGCACCUACGCAUGGUUAUCAAAAAUGACCCCAACGACCAGGAAUCUGCUCUGCGACUGGCCAAACGACUGAUCGAAGCGGCUGAUGUGCUUGUUGCCAAGAUUGCCGACCAACGAGGCCGAGGCCGCGCACGAGAGCGAUACCUAAUGGACGCGAGCAAAAUCCUGAAGAAGCUAUCAAAUGCCCAGAACCUCGAUGCGAUGUUUCUGUACGCCGACUCACUCGGACGUGGCUUGUUCAGCGCUGAGCCGGAGAACAAGGAGGCUUUCACCUUGUACCAAUCGGCCGCCAAGCUUGGGCACGCCGCUGCUGCGUACAGGACGGCUGUAUGUUGCGAAAUUGGCAAUGAAGAUGGUGGCGGCACGAGGCGUGAUCCGCUGAAGGCGAUACAGUGGUACAAGAGGGCUGCAACGCUCGGCGACACGCCUGCGAUGUACAAGGUGGGCAUGAUACUGCUCAAGGGCUUACUCGGCCAGCAGAAGAACCCGCGGGAGGCGGUAGGCUGGCUCAAGCGCGCUGCCGAGCGCGCGGACCCUGAGAACCCUCAUGCGCUUCACGAACUUGGCUUGCUCUACGAAGCAGCCGGGCCGAAUGAUGCGAUUGUCAAGGAUGAGACAUAUGCACUGCAACUGUUCCAGCAGGCCGCAGAGCUGGGUUACAAGUUUUCCCAGUUCCGCCUUGGCUGCGUGUAUGAGUAUGGACUCAUGGGCUGCCCCGUCGACCCAAGACAGUCCAUCAUGUGGUAUUCCAAGGCUGCCACCCAGGAAGAGCAUCAGGCCGAGUUGGCCCUCAGUGGCUGGUACCUGACCGGAAGCGAGGGAGUUCUUCAGCAGAGCGACACCGAAGCAUACCUAUGGGCGCGCAAGGCCGCGAUUGCGGGCUUGGCCAAGGCUGAGUAUGCCAUGGGUUACUUUACCGAGGUGGGCAUUGGUGCGCCAGCAAACUUGGAGGAUGCGAAGCGCUGGUACUGGCGCGCGGCUGCCCAAGAUUUUCCCAAAGCGCGUGAGCGACUAGAGGAUCUGAAGAGAGUCGGCAAUGGCAAAGCAGGCCCCCGACAGCGCGAGCGUGUGUCGCGGAGCAAGAUGGGUAAACAACAGGAGGUGUUUCGAUGA